AUGGUCGACUCACAGCCCACCCUCAACGAGCUCGCCGCCAAGAUCACUGAGCUGGCGGCAGCCUUUACUAACCAGCUUCAAGCAAACAAUAUCCCGCAGGCGACCUUCGCCGCCGACAGCGUAUCUAGCUAUGAGGGUAUCACCGGUGAGAUGUUCAUCACUCGUCAGACGCUCAACGAUGCGUUGAACGACAUGUAUAUUCUUUCCCAGGGCCCUAUGGAGAGUGUCUACAACUACGUCCACAACGCCAUUCCCGACGCCUCGUGUCUCAAUGUGCUGAACCACUUUGACUUCUGGGCGGCGGUACCGAUCGACGACUCGGCCUCGUACGUUGAAAUCGCGGAGCGCACGAAACUGCCGCUGGAUGUGGCGUACCGCGUGUUGCAGCACGCCUUCACGCUAUGCUUUUUCGCUGAGACGGAGCCAGGGCGCGCGACAUCCCGCGUGCAGCACACGUCGCGGUCCGCGGCGCUGGCGCGGAAGCCGGGUCUUAAGGCUCUCGUGCACUCAGUGCUAGACACGUCGAGCGCGCCGCUGCUCCUGCUGAACGAGGCUCUCGAGCGCUACAGUGCCGGUAAGCCCGCCCUGACGGACAAGAUGGAGGAGACGGCCUUUGCACUGUUGCACCAAGGCGGCCAGUUCGGCGGCCGCCACGCCAACUCGUGGGAUUUUCUCGAGAACCAUGGUGAGGGCGAGCGGCGCGGCUGGCGCCAGAAAUAUUUUGUCGACUUCAUGACCUUCAUGAAGGACAUUUUCCGCGUCGAGGGCAUUGUGCUGAAUGCCACGGACUGGAAGGCGGCCGGCAAGGCCAAGGUCGUCGACGUCGGCGGAUCAGCCGGUAACGAUGCAUUUAACCUAGCGCGCAACUUCCCCGACCUGACGUUCGUGGUUGAGGACAUGCCCAAGGUGAAGCCCAUCUUCGAGGCGAACCUCCCGGCCGAGCUCGCGGACCGCGUGUCAUAUGUCGAGCACGACAUCCUCCAGCCGCAGCCGGUCGAGGCCGACAUCUACAUUCUCAAGUUGAUCAUGCACGACUAUCCGGACGCUGUAGCGUCGCAGCUUUUGCGCAACCUGGUGCCCAAGCUCCGGCCGGGCAACCGCGUUCUUGUGAUCGAGUACAUCGGCAAGGUCGACGAGGGCGCGACGAGCGACCCGAAAUAUGAGGAGGAGGAAAAGAAGGUGGGCCCGCCGCUGCCGCGGUCCGUCCAGCAGAUGGGCACGGCCACCGACCUCCGCAUGAUGGCCCUCUUCAACGCUAAGGAGCGCCCAGUCGAGGCGUACAGGAGCAUCGUCAAGAACGCAGACGAGCGUUUCGAGGUGAUCAAGGUCGAUGCUGACCCCCUGACGUUCUUUGCGACGAUUGAGAUUGUGUGGCGUGGCUGA